AUGAAAACCCAACUCAACGCCUAUAGUGUGUGGGAGAUUGUCAACACCGGCUAUGAUGAGCCAGAGGACAACGCCACAUUGAAUCAAAACCAGAGGAAUGCCUUGGAGAAAGUUCAAGCAAAAGAUCAAUAUAUCCUGUCAAUCAUCUAUCAAGCUUUAGAUGAUUCGAUACUCGAGAAGGUGUCAAAUCCUUUUACUUCUAAGGAAGCAUGGGAGAUUCUUUACAACACGCACCAAGGAGUGCAAAAAGUUCAGAAGAUUUUCCUUCAAACUUUGAGAGGUGAAUUCGAGGCAAUCCGUAUGGAAGAAUCUGAAUUGAUUGCCGAUUAUUUCACAAGAGUGUUGGGAAUUGUCAACCAAAUGAAAAGAAAUGGAGAAGAUGUUGAAGAUGUUUGUGUUGUCGAGAAGAUUCUUCUAUCCUUAGACAAAAAGUACGACCAUAUUGGCAUUGCGAUUGAAGAGUCCAAAGACCUUGAUGCCACGACGAUCGAUGAGCUCAUGGGUUCAUUGCAAGCCCAUGAAGAAAGAUUCAGAAGAAACAAGAAUGAGCCGGUGGAGGAAGUACUCCAAACUCGGUUGACCAUCUGA